UAGCAGUUGUGUGUAUUCUCAUUUAGAAUAAAAGAAAGAGGUACGCGCGGACAAAAAAGCAAUCAAGGCAAGCAAGAGGGGGUGCGCGGGUGUCUCCUCGUGACGUAGAGUCAAAACUUCAGAGAGUUUCGAGUGCCUAGGCUGUUUUCGACGAGCACGCUGGCGGCCGAGAAUAGACUUGGUGCUCGAGCCGCCACCGCUCACACAGCCCGACUUAAAAACCGCAGGGAACCGGUGUAGAUGGUGCUUUGGCUUUCGCGCCAGAGUCACCGCUCACUUGAUCUUGUGCGCGCGGUGCGACGGUGUGUCUUUUCGCAUUCACCAUCGAAAUUUGCAACUGAGCAAGAGUUUAGUCCCGACUCGGACAGUGGCUUCUCCAUCGGCGGCGUCGGCUCGUCAGCAGCUCUGAACAAAUAAACGUGUGUCUGGCUGCUGCUGCUGCUUAAUCUGUCGGCACGCGUGUGUGUGUGUGUGUCGCGUGCAGGUCAGAGCUAAGAGAAUGGAGCCGUCGAGCUAUACUUUUAUUUAGUGCGCGGGGUGCGUCCGGAAUUGAGUCAAGAUGCGGAACAACGUGGCCCUGCCCAUGGACGAGGACGAGCCGGGCAAGUGCUGUGCCUUCUGGUACUGCGUGUGGAAGGUGUUCACCUGCAUCUGCUCGCACUUCAUCCUCAUCUCCAUGGUCGUCUCGUACUGCAUCAUGGGCGCUUACACUUUUCAGGCGUUGGAGGCCAACAACGAGGUCUCGCGCAAAGUGGACAUCAAGUACAAGCGAGGCAACUGCACAGAGCGCCUGUGGCAGCUGACCCAGGACAGCGACGUGCUGCGCCAGGAGAACUGGACCGAGCGGGUCAUCGUCGAGCUGAAGGAGUUCGAGAAGGACCUGCUGACCGCAAUGAAGAAGCACGGCUGGGACGGCACGGAGAACGACGAGGCCAACCAGUGGACCUUCUCGGGCGCCCUCUUCUACUCAAUCAUCGUCAUCACCACCAUUGGCUAUGGGCACAUCGCGCCGAAGACCCACUGGGGCAAAGUGGUGACCAUUUUCUACGCCAUCCUCGGCAUUCCGCUCAUGCUGCUGUGCCUCUCGAAUAUAGGUGAUGUCAUGGCGCACUCGUUCCGAUUUAUUUAUUGGAAAGUGUGUUGCUACGUUUGCACAAGAAAGCCAAAAAGGUCUCACAGGCGGGGCCGCAGUUCCCGGGGCGGCACCAUCCGUCAGCACAGGAAUGCCGGUGGCGCCAAAUCAAGGUCAGCGUCGUUCCGCCGAUCCGCUCGCACAUCGCAACGCUCAGCAGAUAGUGCAUUGGGACUCUCAGACAGUGUCAUGACGAGAUCCUCCUAUUCAGACAACGAAUUCAGGUAUGAUGAUGGCGUGGAAGUCAUGCAGUUCCCACAAAAGCCAAAAGGCAUGGUCGAUACGUCACUCCAAGUGCAAGAUCCACAGCAGCAUCAGCCAAGCAGUCAAGGCGGCCAGCAGCCCGUGUUGUUCAACAGAUAUAUCGACGACGCACCUCAGCCGCCGGCUUGGCGAAUGAAAGGGCGGCCGCCUGGAAUCGAGUUGGAGCCCGUGUCGGCCGUCAGGGGCGAUUCCGUCAAGAGCACCUCGUCGCUGCCCAACCCUGCGCCCACCGGCCGCUACCAACGCCAAGGCAGUUCUCGCCUCAGCCGCCUGCGUGAGGACGAUCUGAUCGACGAGUACAUUUACGAGUCUGAGCCAGAGUUAGAAGACACUCCGCCUUCCAAGCCGGUUCCGAUUUGGCUGUGUGUCUUUCUCGUGGUCAGCUACAUUUUCGGCGGUGCCUUCCUCUUUGCUGAGUGGGAAAAGUGGGAAUUUUUGGAUUCGGCCUACUUCUGCUUCAUCACAUUGACGACCAUCGGCUUUGGUGACUUUGUUCCUGCGCAGAGAAAAGAAAAAGCCGAAAUAAGCAUAGCGCUGUGCUCCCUUUACCUUCUUUUUGGCAUCGCGCUGCUCGCUAUGAGUUUCAACCUCGUGCAGGAACAAGUGAUUAACUCUGUAAAGUCAGUCGCACGAAGACUGGGCAUUAUUAAGAAUGAAGACGAAGAGGAGGAUUAGUGUGUUGUUUUUACUCUAAUUUUAUCUCUUGUAAAAAUAAUAAAUUUUAAAGCCAGUGUGUUUCUGGACGUCAAGAAUCAAUAAAUCAUAAUAUUUAACAUUCUAAAAUAUUAAAAUGUUUUUCUUGACAUAACAUGUGAAUUAAGUUUUAAAAUAUUACUUCCAAAACCUUGGACUCUAAAAAAUUCAUUGAAAUUGUUUUGUACCUUUGACAUUUGUCACUACAACUAUAGACGCAUUUCCGCAAAAAUAUUUUUGAGAAGUAUUUAGGAAUCUUCAUUUCUCAUGCAAUCGAACAAAAAUCAAAUCUUAGAGAAAAAUAAGCCGGAAAUUUUAAAAAAUUAUUUU